GUCCCGUGACCAGCUCACGUGAAUUUUGACAAAUUCAAACGUUUUUUUUUCCGGCGGCGAGGGAUGGACAUUUUGGAGCAGCAACUCGAACAGCAGGAUGUCAGGUAGCGUUUACGUUAAAUAUCGACCGCCUGAUUAUGCGAACACCUAUCCCUUCCGUCUCGCCCGAGGUCUCCUCAAGGUCAUCAUCACUUAGUGCACAGUGCGCACUUACUUACGCCGUAGGAUCGACACACAGGCGUCGAAUGUUGUUUAAUUUUGCAGCGUCGUGAAGGAAGACGGCGAUGGCUCGGGGAUUGUUAUAGAGGAAACGGAAAUCGUGGAUUGCGACGGGGAGCCUGUUGCAGAGGAUGAAAUGCAUUAUCAAGAAACCUUAGCAUAUCGGUUUGUUCAAGUGAAUGGUACGCCAGAUAUACAAUCAGCCAACGAGAUAGAACUGCCUGUGUCGCAACCAGGGAAUAAUACAGUGCAAGUUCUGACGUCACCUUUGAACGGACAGUUUUAUGUUAUUGGCAACGCGAACGAUGUCUUCACCACAGCCCAGGCAUCGAGAUCCUUGAUGCCAAGGGCAACCGCUUUACAGAUAGAAACCCCAAGAAAUUGUACCGCUGGCUUGAAGAAGAGGGACGACAGGCGGAGAGCAACGCACAAUGAAGUUGAACGUCGGCGUAGAGACAAAAUAAAUAACUGGAUUGCAAAGUUAGGUAAAAUCAUACCCGAGUGUAAUCCUAGUACUACUACGACUGGCAGUGGCAGCAGUGGAGAAGGAAAGACCAAUUAUGAAACUCAGAGUAAAGGAGGCAUUUUGGCAAAGGCCUGCGAAUAUAUAGGAGAACUGCGCACAGCUAAUCAAAAUCUAAGUCAAUGUUUACGGGACAACGACAAACUGCGGCAAGAAAUCACGGCGCUAAAACAAUUAGUUGCCCAAUUAAAACGUGAAAAUCUCCAACUCAGAUCACAAAUAUCACCCUCGUCAUCGGCCACUAGUACUGACGUUGUACAUUUGAGUUCGUAAGCUUCCUCUAAUUCAUGAGUUAGUAAUUCUUUCUGUACAUACUAGGAUUUAUGAAUGUUAUCUUACCAUAUAGGGGAUCCUAAAUUUUCGUUCUCUUUUGUGACAACUUGCACCAAACUUUAACAAGUUUUCAAAUAUUCCGACUUCCUUGUGCAAAUAAAAUCAGAUGCUUUUCUAAUGAAAUAAGAUUUGUUCUUUAUAGCUGAACUGGCUGCACUAGAACUAGACUAUUUUUUUUUCUCCACGUUGGAAACAAAAAGAUAAACUCUGAACUAGUGCAGCCAGUUCAGCUAUAAAGAGCAGACUUAUAGUCAUAGCUACACGUUCAUGCUUUUAUAAUGUCAAUGCUACAAGUUAAUCUUUUAAUUUAUUAAAAUUAGCAUCACUUUUUAUUUGGCGAGUAAAAACAAAUUUUCAGCUUGUACAAAUAAUAUCCAAAAAUUUCUUUAGAGUUAGAAUACUUUUAGUGUAUUUUUUAAAGACAUUUUUUAAAUAAAUUGCACUAUCAAUUUCUGCACUUGAUCAGUUUUUAUAAUACAAUCAAAAGCAUGACGACAAAGUUGGAAAAGAUUAUUUCGUUUUAUUACGUUUAAUUAUUAUUUUAGUGAAAUACAAAUACGUCACACAGAACAAUUGCAUAUAAUACUUGAAAAAUCUUAAUCUCGUAAAUUCUCAGAAAGAAAAAGGGAUCGGAUUGUUCAUAUCAAUCACACUAUUAAUGUACAUACAACAUAUGCAUUUAAUUUAUAUAUUUACUAAAAGAAUUUUUGGAAUUUUAGAAAUAUAUAUGUAUAUCAUAUAUUGAGU